UUUGACGUAUGAUUUUAAAGUUGUUGCUAUUUGUAAGGGGGGUACUAAAUUGCUGGAACAGCAGAUUCCUGGGUUAGCCGACAUGGCGGCCUAGCGGUGACGGAAGGAGGGGAUGUUUUGGACACGAUUUCUGCUAUUUUCCAGCCGAUUUAGCCGCUUCUGGUGCAUCUAGAGAAAGAGGGCACAGCAGCUUGUAGUUUGAGUGAAGCGCCGGUCGCUCCUCCCACCUAUGCACACAGAACCUGUCAUGGCCGCCACGGCGGUUGCCGACCGACCCGACCACGCCAUCCUCCACAAGGACUCGCCGAUCGACAGCCGCAACGUCCCCUCCCACAUGAAUAUUCUCACCAGUAACGACGUCAACGAGCGCUGUAAAAGUCCCGGCGUACUCAGCACAAGCACCGACACUGAGAACUUUGCCAACAGUAAACUGUGCAUAGAGGACAGCGAUGAAACCGACCCGAAUCGCAGCCCCACGCCGUGCACUUCCCAGUGUGCACCUGGGGAGAAGUCCUCGUCCUCUGACAACGCGCAGAACGUGCAGCUCCAGUACACCGGAGCCAACCGCAGUGGCAGCUGGUUUGACGGGCUCCUGGGCUGCCUCAGGCCUGUGUGGACCAUCAUAGGAAAGGCAACGACGAAUGAACUGAAAAAUGGAGAUGACUGGGAGAUUCCAUUUGAGAACAUCUGUAACCUGCAGUGGUUGGGGAGCGGCGCGCAGGGCGCCGUGUUCCUGGGAACGCUCAACGGAGAGAAGGUGGCCGUGAAGAAGGUUCGGGAGGAGACGGAGACAGAGAUCAGGCACCUGAGGAAACUGAACCAUCCCAACAUUAUCAAGUUCAAGGGUGUGUGUACGCAGGCGCCGUGCUACUGCAUCAUCAUGGAGUACUGUCCGCAGGGCCAGCUGUACGAGAACAUCCGCAGGGGGCUGGAGAUCCCCCCCAUGCGCAUGGUGGAGUGGGCCAAGCAGAUUGCCAGUGGCAUGUACUACCUCCACCAGCACAAGAUCAUCCACAGGGACCUCAAGUCACCCAAUGUGCUGCUUGGGGUGAACGACAGCCUGAAGAUCUCAGACUUCGGAACGAGCAAGCUGUGGAGCGACAGAAGCACGCAGAUGUCCUUCGCGGGAACGGUCGCGUGGAUGGCGCCGGAGGUCAUCAGGAAUGAACCGGUGUCGGAAAAAGUGGACAUCUGGUCAUUUGGUGUGGUCCUCUGGGAGUUACUGACCGGAGAGUCACCUUACAAGGAUGUAGACUCUUCAGCCAUCAUCUGGGGGGUGGGGAGUAACAGUCUCCACCUGCCUGUACCCACCACCUGUCCCGAAGGAUUCAAACUUCUCCUCAAACAGUGCUGGUCUGGUAAGCCUCGGAAUCGACCUUCCUUCAAACACAUCCUCAUGCACCUUGACAUUGCUGGAUGUGAGAUCAUCGGGCAGAACAGAGACACCUACUUCAAGACUCAGGAGAGUUGGCGGGAAGAGAUCUCCAUCCACUUUGAGAAGAUCCGCAGCGAGGGGAACCAGAUCCACAAACUGGACGAGGAGCUGGUGUCCAGGAGGCGGGAGGAGCUGCGCCACGCCAUGGACAUUCGGGAACACUACGAGAAGAAACUAGAGCGAGCCAACAACCUGUACAUGGAGCUGAGCACGUGUAUGCUUCAGUUGGAGAACAGGGAAAGGGAACUCAUGAGGCUAGAAAGGAGAAGAAAAAGAAGAGGAAGAAAUGGGAAAGAGAAGCUGUUAGACAUGAAGCUGAAGAAGGAGAAGAUUUCCAUCAAGCCGAUGAUCAAGGCCCAGCAUCAGGCUGUGGAGAGACUCAUGAAGAACAAGGGAGCAAAGUACAAGACAAGUCUUCAUCUUCUUCAGAGAGUUGACAGUCCGUCCUCAGAGCCCAGGCACUACGGAGAUGCCGAGCACUACGUCCACUUCUCACCGCGCAGCUCUCCGUCCUCACCGCGACACUCGCCCAGCAAGCUGCGGGGGCAGCGCAGGAUGCACCGCAGGAGCACCAUAAGCCAUGGGGGGUCCGCCCCUGGGUCCCCGCUCGCGUCUAACAAGAUGAGCCCAGUGAAAGAGAGAAAGUUGCACAACAUCCUCAAGUCGGAUACCACGCUGCAAAACGACGCAAACGAAACUCGUCUUGCCAGAACUGCUCUCAGGCAUUCCGCCCCGGGAAGGGCGAUGCGGCAAUACGCGCGCGAUCCCGACACCAGGAGAAACAAUGAGAGGACUGACGGGGGUAGGGACAGUUGUCGCAAGAGCCCAAGUAGAACUCAUGCGGAAUUCACUCAGGUUUUAUACAACAUCAACACUAAGGGCUCCACCAGUGAAAGUGACAAUGGGAGGGGUGACAGUAGAAGGAACAGUGGCAACUUCGGAGAUGACGGGGGAAGUAGUGAACAGGAGGAGAAACAUGAACUUGGGGCAGAAGGAGGGGAAGAGCCGUGCAUACCCAACAAUGUUCUCCCCAGCCCAGGGCACUGUGUAACAUGUAAAUGUCACAUGUCUCACUCAAGCCCACAUGUGGACGGUAUUCCGUCAAGGAGUGGCACCCCCACUGGAAAUGUGGAAGGACAAGGAGAGGAGGAUCAUGGAGUAGAGGGAGCAAACCCACAGGAGACGGAAGAGGAACAGGAGUUGCCUGAUUUACAGAGUAGAGACGAGGAAAAGCAGAAUGCUGAAGAGUCUUCUUCAGAAGAGGAGGAAGGGGAAGUGGACAGUGAGAUUGACUUUCCAAGGGCACAAAGCCGCCCGAUCCGUUGUCCCAACAGCCGCCAGUCGUACUCCACGGUCAGCUCGGAGGGCGGGAUGUCGGAGGAAGAGAACAUGAGCGACCGCUCCCUCGGGCCGACCCCUGACCUCCUCUCCACCACCUCCAGCUUCAACAACACCGGAGAGUUCCACGACGUGUCGCACGCGCUGGCCGACAUGGCGCACUCGCUCUCCGACGGUUUGUCGGACAAGGAGAUGAAUGUCCGCAGAGUGAGGUCCCAGGUGCGGGAGCACGUGUACGAGAACCCCCUGGCCAUGCUGGACUCAGACGAGAGCUCUGACGACUGCUCCGACGCGACCACCGGCACCGUCAACUUCAAGAAUUCCACGGCAUCGUGGUGACGACAGUUGCUCGAGUCUUUGUUCAUUACCUCAUACUUGAUUUAUUAAUUUAAAAAAAGAAAAA